AUGGAGAAUCACAAGAAAACAUCCUCAAAAAAUAACAAAGGAUACUAUGUUAAAAUGAAACUCAUGCACAAACAUGGUAGACCUCAACAGGAAAAAAACAACUCUUUCCAUAGAUAUUUCAAAUGGAUUCUUUGGCUUUCUCUUUCUCUCUAUUUCUUCACUUCUUACCUCAUCAGCAACAACAGCAACAAUCACCACAAUCACAAACCAACUCACAUCAUAAAAUCUCUUUCUCAAUCCUUUUCCUUCAACAAAACAACAUCACCACCACAACAAUCUCAUAACAUAAAUAUAAAAAAUCUGAAGAUAUUCAUCUACGAUCUUCCUCCAAACUACAACACAAACUGGCUUGCGAACGAACGAUGCAAAACUCAUUUGUUUGCUUCAGAAGUUGCUAUUCACAGAGCUUUAUUAACAAGCGAUGUUCGAACUUUUGACCCUUACGACGCUGACUUUUUCUUCGUACCCGUUUACGUUUCUUGUAACUUCAGCACCGUUAAUGGUUUCCCCGCGAUUGGUCACGCGCGUUCGUUGAUUUCUUCCGCAGUUCAUCUCAUCUCCUCUGAUUACCCUUUCUGGAACCGAAGCAGAGGUUCCGACCAUGUUUUCGUAGCUUCGCAUGAUUUCGGUUCUUGUUUCCAUACUCUGGAGGACGUGGCGAUUAAAGAUGGGGUACCUGAAAUCAUGAAGAAAUCGAUUGUGUUACAAACGUUUGGCGUUACCUAUGAUCAUCCUUGUCAGAAGGUUGAACAUGUCGUGAUACCACCCUUUGUUUCUCCGGGAAGCAUACAUAACACGAUGAAGAAUUUUCCGGUGAACGGACGGCGAGAUAUUUGGGUUUUCUUCCGGGGUAAAAUGGAGGUUCAUCCAAAGAACGUCAGUGGAAGAUUUUACAGCAAGAAAGUGAGAACAGUGAUAUGGAAAAAGUUCAACGGUGACCGGAGGUUUUACCUUCAGCGGCGUAGAUUUGCCGGUUACCAGUCAGAGAUUGCUCGUUCGGUAUUUUGUCUCUGUCCCUUGGGGUGGGCCCCAUGGAGUCCAAGGUUAGUUGAGUCUGUUGCUUUGGGCUGUGUUCCGGUUAUUAUAGCGGAUGGUAUCCGGUUACCGUUUCCCUCCGCUGUGAAGUGGUCGGAGAUUUCUGUUACGGUGGCGGAAAGGGAUGUUUGGAGGCUGGCUGAGAUAUUGGAAAAUGUGGCGGCGAGUAAUCUUAGCUCGAUUCAGAGGAACCUGUGGGACCCACAUACAAGGAAAGCACUGCUUUUUAAUAGUAGGGUCCAGGAAGGGGAUGCCACGUGGCAGGUCCUACAUUCUUUGAGUGAGAAGCUGGGUAGGUCUUAUAGGAGCUCGAGGGUUUCACGCCAAUUAGAUUUUGACACGUAA